UGGCACGCGAAUUGAUCGUGACAAGAUUUUUAUUCAUGAAUAGUUCAGACUUUCCUAAGUAAAGUGCUUAAUAUAAGGAAUACCAGACACUUGAAUCAAGUCACGUGAAUCGCUACUAAUUAACGUAAGCUUCAAACGGCAUUCUUAACUCCGAUCGUCACUAAAGGAGCGUCAGAGUUUUUCGGGCGGUGUCAAAAUGAGCAAAAAACCAGUGUUGAGGGACGAAGGAAUGCUUAAAGAUAUCUUCCAACUGUAUGACACUACAGGAGGGGACAAAAUUGACGUGAAUCAACUCGGUCAGGUUUUGCGAGCGACAGGGUUGAAUCCCACACAGAGCGAAGUCCAGAAAGUGGAAAGAGAUGUUGGCAAGUCGACGGUUUCUUUCGAAGAAUUCUUGCCGAUUUACAACUCCGUUGCGCAGCACAUGACAAGUGUAUCAAGUGUGAGUCCUGAACAAGUUGUGGAUUGUUUCAAACACUUCGAUCGGGAGGGAAGCGGUAGUAUUUCGUCCAGUAUGCUACGUCAUGUUCUGACUUCGUUGGGCGAGAAACUCACAGAUGAAGAAUUCGAUGCUUUGUCGUCAGGCCAUGUCAGCUCAAAAGGAGAAAUUAGCUACGAGGUCUUCAUACCUGCCAUCAUGGCAAACGCUGAAUGAUAAAAUGGGGAAUUUGUUUUAUUAAGAUGAUUCGACUUGCGAGCGAAAUGGAGUGAUUGUCAACUGAGAAACAAUAUCACCUAGGAAUACUUGAGAGCUUUUAUGUGACAUGCCAUGUUGACCCUUUGAAACGCGUUGAAUUCUAUCGCCUUUAAGUCCGCCUAAUUGACCAUCAAACUUGUAAUCGUUAGUAAUUUAGCGCCAUAAAUAACAAACUCCCUGGAGAGCAAACUACAGGCCUUCUGAUAAUUCUGUUCUUUACUAUCGUAACCAGAGGAAACGAAGUUAAAGUCGAAAUUGAGUUGUCAACACUAUGAAAAUAUUUAGUCUUAUAGACGCCUCGAUAUGUAAACAAAUGAUGUUAUAUGAUGGUCUGAUAACACAGAGAUAUGGGAAUUAGGAGACUUGUGAAAUUCAUUCACUUUUACGGUCUUUCAUAUGCAAAGGGUGAUAACUUAUUAUCUUGUUUCCGAACACGAUUGGACGAGUUAUGUUCCGUCAGACACUUCAGAAAACGCUCUCGGUCGAAUUGAAUACUAUGCAAAUUAUGUAAACACUCAAUAAUGAGCAAUAAAUCUAUAUGUUGACUUUGA